UGGCUCGAAUGCUUUACAUAUGGAGCUACGUAACAAUGUCAUCGCAAAAUGAACUGAUUAGGAAAUAUUUUGGCCCUGAUCACCCCCCUGUGGAAGAAAUUGACAGAAACUUCAGCCUUCUUAUUGUCAACAACCACUUCAGCGUGAAUUACCCACGGCCACUGUUGCCUAAUGUCAUUGAGGUGACGGGACUACAUCUAGAGGAACAGCGGAAGCCACUUCCUGGGGAUAUCCAGGAUUUUCUUGAUGGUGCAAAAAACGGUGUUAUUUACUUCAGCCUUGGUACUAAUGUGAAGGGUAGUGCAAUGCCUGAGCACAAACAACUUGCAUUCUUGGGAGCUUUUACGCAGUUACCACAGCGGGUACUUUGGAAGUGGGAGGGGGACAGCCUGCCUGGACAGCCGGAGAACGUUAUGAUAGCCAAGUGGCUGCCCCAGCAGGACGUCUUGGCACAUCCAAACAUUCGUCUGUUCAUUACCCAGGGAGGACUUCAGAGCAUGAAUGAAGCAAGUUAUUUUGCAGUACCCCUGAUAGGUAUUCCCUUUAUUGGGGACCAGCAUCACAAUGUGGCUAAGAUGGUACAAGCUGGUAUUGGCUACCAACUGCUGUUCAGAGAUGUCACUGCUGAUUCCAUUCUGAAAGCCAUUCACACAGUUCUUGGAAACGACAGCUAUCGAGAAAACAUGAAGCGGUUCUCAGCAGUAUUCCGUGAGCACCAGGAGAGGUCUCUGGACACUGCCGUCUGGUGGAUCGAGUACGUAAUACGUCACAAAGGUGCUCCGCACAUGCGCAGUGCAGCCCUCGACAUGAGCUGGUGGCAGCUGCUGCAGCUCGACGUGAUUGGGUUCGUUGUUGCAAUGGCGUCCAUUGUGGUCUACGUGCUGUUCAAGGCAGCCACCUAUUGCAAAAGACUUUUGGCUGUUAAUCUGAAGCAGAAGACUGCGUGAAGCUACUUUUGUAGGUGUCUACAGUCGUUCUAUAGAUUCAACAUGUGAAGAAAGAGGCCAGAAAUAAGUUUUUGUGAUAAUUUAUCAACUUUACCGCUAGACACCUUGUUCAUACAUGAUACUCCAAUAAAAAAUAAUAAUCCCUGCUGUGCAGGUGACUGGAACAUAAUUAUUUUUAUUUAUUAAAGUAUGAUAUUAUCUAUAAAAUAAACGUAUUGUGUUUCACAUUGUUUUAGUUUCAAUGGAAUCUGCAUUUUUAUACAUUGUGGAAACUGGAGA